AUGAGUAUCAGCAACGAGGAAGAAAUCCUAGUCACCAGUCGCAAUAAAGCGCCGUCGAUCAUCGAUGUCACUUCGCACAACGAGCGAGUAUUCGCUCAAUUGCCCGAUAUGAUACAGGAAGCUCUCGUUUCUACCGAAUUUUCAGCGCCCAAUUUAAAGAUCAGCCGUGUACACAAUGCGCGCACUAUAGAUUCGGGCUUCAUGACACAACCAAUGUUCUACAUCACACCCAGCAAUGAAUCAAGUAUCAGCAUGCCGGAUCUUACCCUCACAGACGAGAGCAUCCUUUCGAAAUUCGGCACCGAACUUACUGCCAAUUUUGCGGAUAUAAAAGCUCAUGGCUCGGCUGCUUUUUUCCAAAAAGAAAAUUUGAGUGACGGCGCGACGUAUUCUCUCUGUGCGUGUGCAACGGGUUAUAUAUGGGUAUAUGUAUCACCUAGCAGUAUUGCUGACGAUCUCGAGGCUGCGGAUGAAGGAUGGGACGAAUUUUCACGAUUGGAGAUACAGAUUGGUACGUUUGCGCUGCGGAAGAAGGCAAUCACUACGAUUGAGAUACCGUGUCAUUAUCGCACUGGGAAAGUAGUUGCACAUAUGAAUGGAGAUUUAUCAUUACUAUGUGCGACGGUACUGGCAAAGUAUUUGAGAUUUAGAAUGAUGGGAUGCCAGUAUGAAUAUGCGACUGAGAGUGCGAUCAAGGAAACGAGGAAACAAUUGGCGCAUCUGAGGGUUGUGGAUCCCGGGAUUUUUAGGGGCUUGGAAAGGAUGUUAAGGGAGAUUUGUACGAAUGCUCCGAUGCCGCCGACGAGUGUGGUGAGUUUGAUUUCAAGAAGUAUGAUUAGGGGACGUUGGGAGGUUUGGGGGGAUAGAAAGGUUUUGAGGAGAAAAUAUUCACUGCCUGGAAGGGUCAUGCAAAGUUUUAAGAAAGGGGAUGCUGAUCCUAUUGAUUUGUUGAGUGAGAGCUACACGUUUCUGAGAUUGGAGAAGAAGAAAAGUAGCAUUGGUGGUGUAAGGGAUUCAUAA